AUGGGCGCUUGCAUGGCCACGGUGCACCGACUCUGCACUGGCCGCCGCCUCUUCGUGCGCUAUUGUGGGAAGACGCUGGUCAUAGUCGACUGCACGGUCAACUACAAGCUGCUCCGCGCCUAUGUGUCCAAGCUGCGUGCCCUCGCAUUCCGGUUUACCACAUUUGGCGUCUUGGGCCAGAACGGCGAGGACCAUUUCGUGCAUGAGAUGACCCACAUGACCACGUCCGACGUGGUCAUCCUCGCCGGCCGCGCGGACGGUCGCCUCGGGACGCUCGCCUCGAUGGAGGCCGCCAGUAUCAUGUCCCUGCAGCAGGCGCGCUUCAUCGCCGCCAACCCGAACACAGGUGUCGAGAUUGUGUCCGUCGGGCACAACCCGUGGAUGAAGACUGGCCUCUUCCAGAGGUCUGUGACACUGUCCUCUGAGCACAGACCGGCAUUCUAUUCACAGAAAUUGUUGCGCAGUGAGUUUGGUGGACACGCUCCUGCAGACGUGAUGCAUGGGGUUGCCAUGCUCGUCAAGGGGGACUUGACCAGUGCCAGCACGCGAACAGGCAACGAGGCUCCCUUCCAGGAUGUGCGGAUUGAAGACAUUCAGCGAAAGAUGUUGUCUCAAACGGUAGAGAUCGGGGAUGCCCAAGUAAUAAUAAGCGAAUUGGUCAAAGAGCACUCGGAGGUCUUGGAGAUCGAGCCUGAGGACUUCGACAUCAAGCAGGUUCUCGACGACGACGUUGCAGCGCAUCUGACAGGCAUGCGGUCAGCCCGAAAGGUCAGCAAAACCGUCAGCGCGCAAACAGCAUCUGCAACAGCGGUUGACAUGUGCGGCAAGGCGAUGAAGAAGCUGAGUCUUGCCCGGGAGAUGUCCCCGAUGAAGCUUUUCGCCCGGCGGGAGUCUUCUUCGUCUCAGCUUCCCCCUGUGGAGCUGCCACCGCGUGAGGACUCGAAGUCCUCGGUGGGCGUCCAAAGCACCGGGAGCUCGACGGGUGCACCGAGCCAGGACUCCGCCGACCAGACGGAGAUGCUCAGUAAAAGGAGCCGUACAGACUCUAAGAAGAGGACCGGCGUCUUCAAGUUCACCGCCUCGAACAUCAUGGUGGUGCUCCGCGGUCGCAAGAUGGAGACGAUGAUCGGGCAGAUGCAGCUGGGUCAGCAGAAGAGGCUUGCGCUGGCCAGGCACAACAUGGGCGACAUUGCAGGAAAGGCCUGGAGCCUGCUGAAGGCCUGCUACGAGGAGUGGGCUCACUUCGCGGCGGAGAGGGGUCAGGAGCGUGCCGAGAAGGAGGCGGAGAAGCUGGCCUCCUGCAUUGCCGAGAUGAACAAGACGCAGUCCCUCACUCUGCCGGUGCAGGCAGCGUGGCGGACGCAGGAGGAGUACCGGCAGCGGAAGCGCCAGUGGAUGAUGCACUACAACGCGUUGCCGUUCUCGAUGCCCUACUCGGCCAACCGGUGCUUCGACCUGUGGAGGCAGAGCGUGGAGGCCACGAGGGCCCAGAGAGCCAUGACCGGCACCCCGACCUCGUCGGUGAUGGGCGGCAUGAGGAGCAUGAAAAGCAUGGCCUCGUUGAAGUCGAUGAGCACUUCCCGAAGUCUUGUCUCGCGCGUGCUCAGCGGGGCCAGCUCGAGGAAGCACAGCCCGACGAAGACUUACAGCCCGUCGAAAAAACACAGCCCGAGCAAGACCUACAGCUCGACAAAGAACAGGAGUUACGGCCGGACCUGGGACAGCGUCUUCAGGAGAACGUCGAUGGUGGACCGCGGGGACACAGGGGCUGUCGUGAUCGGCGAGCAGCGCGGGUCCAAGGCCCGCGUGAAAGAGGGCGCGGGCGGCAAGGAAAUGAUCGCCGAGCUCGGCUACAUGGAGGGCAUCUAUGAGACGCGCGUCGCCGCCGCGGAGAGGCUGCUUGCCUUCUACAUUCUCUUCCACGCGGCCGUGCGACCCGUCUCGCGCCUGUGGGGCCUCAGCUUCGACAUGGACCGCAGCGAGUCCAGGCUCCGCGUCGCUUCGACGCCCGCGCCCGUGCCCUUUGUCGAGAGCAUGGGCGCCGGCGGCUUGGAGCACGACGGGGCGGCGCUCUCGGCCGACCCCGAAGACAUCUAA